CACUAAACUGUUGAUCAUUAAUCACGAGAAGACCCGAGAAGACCUGAAGAUGCAGUUUACACCGAUCUUUGUUUUGGUCUGUUUGACACUCUCCGUUGACCAGUCCAUUGCCCGCCAUUCAAACUGGUGGUACCAGUGGGCCCAGAGAUUCUUGAACGGGCGUUGUGACCCGUGUUAUAGAGUGCGGUGCGCACAGAAGUAUGAGAAAUGUUACAUCAUACCAGACCCCGAAUGCGAUACAGAUCCUUGCCCUGUGGUAGGAAAAUGUAUUUUGGAUCCCAACUUCAACCCGUGCACCAUUGGACAGCCUAUGAGGAAAAAAGAAGGCGAACUUUUUACGUGUGAUGGCGGUGUCGGCGAUUGUCCCCCAAAAGCGACUUGUAAAAGCACCAGCGUUGGUGAGGGUACUCUGACCAGGUGUUGCUUUGAUCCCGCCAGGUGCGCAGUGAAGAUCGGCCGCUGUCCUCUCCCCUCGGAUACGACAACGUGCACGGAGACGUGUAAAGACGACGGCGACUGCGACAGCACGAUGAAGUGUUGUAAAACCGCCUGCACUGGCGGCAAGAAAUGCGUCGCUCCAGUCACCAGUAAUAUCGGGCCCGGCUGAUGCUGACGUACAAUGUUCUGAUUAAAGCUACAGUUUCGAUAAUAUUUUUAAAAUAUUUUGUUAUUUAGAAUAAAAAUUUAAAGCUGUAAUCUCCUAAAUAAAAUUUUAUAAUAAUUUAAAAUAAAUUGUUAAAGGUGUAAUCUCAAGAAUAUUGUUUUAUUAUUUAACCAUUAACUUUUAAAAAUAAAUCCUGUUAUUUUUCUUCUUGAGACGCCCUAUCCUUCGAUGCCCUUUACAUGUAGACGUUAAUCAAGGUCAUAUUAAAAUGUAAAGAUGUAUUACCCAGAGGCGGAUCCAGAGGGGGGGACCAGAGGGUCGCGUCCCCCCCCCUAAAUUUUUCAAAUACCCUCAAAAUGUUCAAGUGCCCUUUUUGUUUCUUAUCAUUUUCAAGUGCUUACAAGUGCCCCUUUGUAUCGGUUUUUUUUUUUUUGGGGGGGGGGGGGGGGAUUUUGUUGGCAGACUAAGGCUAUAUUUGCCCUACCUAGAGAGAUUCGUCCCUAGAAUAGUGCCCUAUCAAAGGCAAAUUACAAAAAAAUAUAUGAUAUUCAUACUUAUAUAUGAAGCAAAGUUGAUUAUAUGGCUUUUUUCCGGGUCCCCUUCCUGUUCUCCCGCCCCCGGUUAACGCUAAAAUUUAAUGAUUGAGAUCUAAGAGUAACGGGUUUGAACUCUUCUAAAUAAUAUUUUUUGGGUUAUAAAACUCCAAAAGAGGAAGUGAUCACUGUCUGAAAAUGGAUAGUUUUACUAUCAAAAUGCCAAGGGGAAAAAAUACAUUCUUGGGGUAUAAUACUAUGCAAAAUAAUGCUUUAACUUGUUUUAAAAUUGUUGUUUAAAAAUGGCUAAUUUUGCGAUUCAGAUGCCAAGAACAGGCGUUUAAAGCCAUCCAGUUUUUUAAAGUUCCCCUGGGGAACAUGCCCCCAAAUCCCCCUACACAUCGGGAGAGACUAGAUCGUAGACAGCGAGAGUCGUCAACUAUUGAGCGUCAACUGAAUAUUCAUGAGCAAACGAUUGAUCGAUAUCGAGAUUUUACGACAUCAAGUAAUGUCCUAUGUGUAUAUAUAUAUAAUAACUUUUAUUAAGAUGCCCUUUUAACGAGCCAAUGUGCCCCUUUUUUUCUUAGUCCCCCCUAAAAAUAUGUCCUGGAUCCGCCCAUGUUAUCUUGCCAAGAACAGUAAAUUUGCUGGACGAUUUCUUUACAUUUCUCUUAACAAUGUUUUAGAAAACAUGGCUGAAUACUUGUUUGUUGUAUCAAGGCAGAUGACUGUAUACAUUGACAGAUGCACCGUGUAUUAAAGCAUCAGUUUUUAUUUUUUAUUGGAAAAUCCCGAUGUAAGAUGGACAGGCGAGAUUGCAGCUUUAACACAAUUUGUCAACUAAAAUAAUUGAGUAUUUCUUCAUGUUCUUUGCUACCUUUGAUCAAUACUGUUCGAAAUAAAGCAUACAAACUAUA